AUGGGUUCCAUUGGUAAUGGCCGAAGUGUCUCGGUGGUUGGCAUCCAGAUGCCACCGGCGGGGAGCAAGACGGUGGUGGAGCCAGCACUUCCAGUGCCAAGAUGGCCACGGCUGAGCAUGAUUAUGGUGGCAACCCGAGCUGCAGUCUUGGUGAUGGCGCUGCUCUCGGUGUCACUAAUGGUCUCCUCCAAGCAGCAGGGCAUUCUCACCAUAUUUGGCAUCGAGAUCCCGCUAUAUGCCAAUUGGUCCUUUUCUUAUUCCCUGCAAUUCUUGGUUGGGAUGUCUGCAACUACAGCCGCCUACUCGCUGCUUCAUCUCUUCUUGAUUGCGCACAAGGCUGUGAAGAAGGUCCCCAUGGUUCCUUCCCGGCGCCAAACAUGGCUGCUGUUCGCUGGUGAUCAGCGUCAUGAUUCUUCUAGUAUGCUCCGCUUUAUCCUACUUUUCAUCUCGUUGGUUGCAUCAGUGUACUACUUUGAACUUUCUAUAAAGGCAAAAUAG